CGCCUCACUGCGGACGCUGCGUGCGAUGAUGCGAGAAAAGGUGAAAAAAAUAACGAAAAAAAGAAAGAAAGAACAUUCAAUUUGACACAGUGGCGGUCGUUAAAUCCCGUUGGCACGCGUGGCGUUGGUCAAAUUGCCGCAAGAGUGUUCGAGGACGAGGACUCGGCUGACCAGGUCAAUUCAGAUCAAUCGAGAACAGAACUUCGACAGAACAUUCCGCUGUCAUUUCGCGCGCGUCCCAACGUGUCGAAUCGCUAUGUCGGCCGUCGCUGGCCAUCGCCGCCGGCGCGUUUGAUACUAGAAAACAUUGCGUCAGCCCGCGCUAACGAGAUCGCCGUCGCGGCGUCACCGCCGCCGCUGCUGCCGUCGUCGCCGCGCGAAGAGUCGUGCGCGUUUCUUAUCGCGACAACAGCCGGGACGAUGGGGUUAGGCUUUCGAUGGCGCCUCGUGUUCCUUCUGGUCCUUGGCCUGCUGCUCUGGCAGACCUCCAAGAUUUGGCUCGCGUUUCUGGAAGACGGCGCCGCCAUGCCAGAACUUCAAGACCAAGCGGCGACACCAUUGAGCGAAAAGGAUGGACCGGCUUCUCAGAAAGUACAUGCGGCUGUGUAUUAUGAAGCGUUAUGCCCGGAUUCGCGUAGUUUCGUUUUAAAACAAUUAAAUCCAACGUAUCAAAAACUCUUGACAAACAUAGAGGUUGAGUUGUUGCCAUAUGGUAAGGCGAAGACGACAAAAACGAGUGAUGGGUAUCAGUUCAUGUGCCAGCACGGACCGAUCGAGUGUCAAGCGAAUAUUAUACACGCUUGCUCCAUCGACGUCAUUAAGGAUCCAUCGGUACAAUUGCAAUUUGUGGCCUGCAUGAUCGAGAAUAAUAUUGACCCGAUACGAAUAAUGAAAACGUGUGCCGAGCGAAUAUCCGUUGACUUGGAGUCUAUAAAGAAGUGUUCAAACACUGGAAGAGGGCAGGAACUCCUGGCAAAGUACGGAGAGAUGACGAAUUCCCUCGUGCCGCGGGUGUCUUUCAUACCAACAAUUACUCUUGACGGGAAUUCUGAGCAUCAAGUGAGGAUAUUGAAAAACUUACUGAAGGAAGUGUGCCUGCGUUUCAAAGUUCCACCAAAAGAAUGUGUAUCGUGAGAACACGCAUUGUUCACUGCUAGCAAAACAUAUCUGCAUAAUCAUCGAAUUUUGUUAUUAUGUUACACGAGUUUAAAAAAAGUCAUGUAUAAAAAUAUAGUUAUUUUUC